CAGACUUUAUUUGGCUCUCACCAGUUUUUCCGUGAAUGCCUUCUUUCUGUUCCAGGAUCCAGCCCAGAACACCACAUUGCCCCGUUUCCCUAUGCCCCCGGCCCAGUGCCUUAGUCUCUUCCUCUGCUUAUGCUUAAAGCAGGGCAGGCCUUCCAACAACGCGGGAGAUCCUGUUGGGCUGGGAAAAACCCUUUAGGGGCCUAGCUCUGGGCUUGGGCAUCCCCACUCCCGCCACCGCCUCCAGUACGCUGGCUUCCAAUGCUGCCUCCAGCUGUGUUGAUUCCCUGAUUAUCUGUGUUCCCAGGUCAUUCCCCAGCCCAGUCUAGCUGCUCCCGAGAAGACAGUGAAGGUGUGACCCCACAUUUCCCAAGCAGCUCUGCUGUGCUCCAUGCGAGGAAAGCCGGGGUUGCUGUGACUUCUAGGGCGGAGAGCGGUCUCUGGCCUGGGCAAGUGACAGGUGUGCUAGGGCCCGUGGCCCGCGGGUGUGCAGGUGCUGCCUGGUGGCGCGGGCUUGGGGACGCGGCUUGGCACGUGGUGGGAGGUGGAACCUGGAGGGCGUGCCGGGCGCCUGGCUGGAAGGAAAAUGGGCGGCGCGGCCUGGCGCUGGGGGGGGGGGGGCCUAUGGCGGGGGGCGUGGCCUGGCGCGUGGAGGGAGGCGUGGUCACCCGGUGAAGUCUGGGGGCGGGCCGGUGGGAGGGGUGGGUUCAGCUUGGUGCGUGACAGUUGUGGGGGCAUGGCGCGGCCUAGUGCGUGGCCCUCGGGGGCUGAGGGCGUGACCUUGCAGGUGGCCGUUGGUGGGGCGUGACGGGGGCGUGGCCUGGUACGCGGCCGUUGACGGCACGUGACGGGGGCGUGGCCUGGCGGUCCCGGGCUGGGGGCGCGCAGAUUCGGCUGCGGCGGAGUGGCCCUGGGGCCCGGGUCAGCGGCGGCAUGGGGCUGUUGCGUUGGCAGGUGGCGGCCGCGGCGGCUGUGGGCCUGGCUCUGGCUCUGGAGGCGCUGCCCUGGGUGCUGCGCUGGCUGCGGUCCAGGCGGCGGCGGCCACGGCUGGAGGUGCUGUUCUUCCCGUCUCAGGUGACCUGUACCGAGGCCCUGCUGCGGGCUCCGGGCGCGGCGCUGACCGGGCUCCCCGAGGGCUGCCCGUGUGGCCUGCCCCACGGCGAGAGCGCGCUAAGCCGCCUGCUGCGUGCCCUGCUGGCCGCCCGCGCCAGCCUGGAGCUCUGCCUGUUCGCCUUCUCCAGCCCGCAGCUGGGCCGCGCCGUGCAGUUGCUGCACCAGCGUGGGGUGCGAGUGCGGGUCGUCACCGACUGCGACUACAUGGCCCUCAACGGCUCGCAAAUCGGCCUGCUGCGCAAGGCAGGGAUCCAGGUCCGGCAUGAUCAAGACCUGGGCUACAUGCAUCACAAGUUUGCCAUCGUGGACAAGAGGGUGCUCAUCACUGGCUCACUCAACUGGACCACGCAAGCCAUCCAGAAUAACAGGGAGAAUGUUCUCAUCACGGAGGACGACGAGUACGUGCGGCUUUUUCUGGAAGAAUUUGAGCACCUCUGGGAAGAGUUUAACCCUACAAAGUAUAUCUUUUUCCCACAAAAAAGGAAAAGUCACUGAAGCUGUGCCCCGCCUGUCUCCAGAGCUGGAGGGAGAUUGCUUUCAUGGCACAGAACUUGCGGCACCUCCAGCCAAAACCAAACCUAACCAACAAUGGGGCUGAGCCCUCCCUGUGGGCUGCUGUGCGUUCUGAGGAAGGGAGACCUCAGCACUAGAAAAAAAUCGUUAAAGUUUCGUCUAUUAGAAUACUAAAUUGAACUAAAGAAGGUUAGGAAAGGGAAAUUUCUGUUACUUCAGGUCAGUUAUUUCGGACCAGACCUUUUUUUUGCCCCUUUGCCAAAAUAACUUCAGUCACGACCUGCCACGGGGUGUUUUCAGGAGUGUGGUCCGUAUCUUGGUUUGGAAUCGAAGCUUCUGCCACAGCACAGAAAAGGCACAGUGCCUCUACCAGGUCGAUCCCAUUCCCUUCCCUGAUUCUAGAAAAGCCCCUUCUGCUUUGGCUGACGUGGGCCCUUUCAGCAUCUCCCUGAGAGUUCAUCCCUCUCUCCAUGUGGCACGACUGGGGUUGGUUGGGGCCGACAGUCUCCUUGUCCCUCACAGUCUGCCCCUGUCAGGGCUCAGUCCUCAGAGUAGGGAAAGGAAAUGGAAGUCAGGAGGAAGGGAAGAUGUGAGUGUGCGCUGCAGGUGGCAAAAGCAGCCUUCGGGGCAACCCCAUGAGCGUCAUUGCCACCAAAGGCUGGCUGUUCCCUUGCUUCCUUGCAUAAUUGCUCUUUAAAACCAGUAUGCACACCAGUGCCAAGCUCUGCAGCAGCCUGUCCUUGGGUAGUAAGUGCCGUGGUCUGUCAGGACUGAUGGCCAGCAGCUGUUUCUAUUUCCAUGUUGGACUUUUAACUUGUUUUUUUUUUUUUUUUUUUUUUUUUUGUUGAGAUGGAGUCUCACUCUGUGGCCCAGGCUGGAGUACGGUGGCGCAACCUCGGCUCACUGCAUCCUCUGCCUCCUGGGUUCAAGCGAUUCUCCUGCCUCAGCCUCCCGAGUAGCUGGGAUUACAGGUGCCUGCCACAACACCUGGCUAAUUUUUUUUGGUAUUUUUAGUAGAGACAGGGUUUCACCAUGUUGGUUAGGCUGGUCUCAAACUCCUGACCUCAAGUGAUCCACCCACUUCCGCCUCCCUAAGUGCUGGGAUUACAGGUAUGAGCUGCCACACCCGGCUGGGCUUUUAACUUUUAACGUCCUAAUGUUUAAGGUAAUUUUGUUGUGUGUUUGGAAGUGACUUUACCUUUAACACCUGUGGAGUUAGUGCGUGCACAUUGCUGGCUCAGCAUAACCCAUCACGGGACUGGAGGAGAGGAGAGGAGGGAAGAGAGCAGCUUCAGGCCGUGGUGUCUCCCACAUCUGUGUUCUUAUUUGCAGCUCAGGGUUUGCAUUCCCAGGUAGAACAGGUGUACACUGUGAAGUGUUCCACGUUAUUUGUUUAUAAUGUGUAUGUCAUAUACAGAUAGCUCCAAUGACAUCUGAAGAAGUGACUUCACCAUCUUGUCAUAUUUCUGUAUGAUGAGCCCCAGGGCCCAUCCUGUGGUCUGCUAGCCAUAUGCUUAGUCUCACCUCCCCAGCCCACGCUGACAUUACCACCCAGAGACCCUUCAGUGCUGUGUGUUUUUCCUUUUUAGGGUUACCUUUGACUCACAGGGUUAGGCAAGCCAGCUUGGAAGUUAACUUUUAAAAAAAUUCAAUUGAAGCUGUAAAGUAUACAGAUUGGAAGUCACCAGAAAUUGUUUUAGUUUGUGAAUUCCCACAGUGUAUGUUCUGAAAAGAAAAUGGGAGAGCUUGUAAAGCAUCUCCUAAAUGCGAAGCCGCAUGACCCUGGACUUCUGGCACAUCUGAAUAAACAUGUUCUUAUUCUGGCA